AUGAUCCGCUGCCACUGCGGCGCCGUGUCUUUCCGGGCCGUGCUCCCCAAGCCUCUCGCAGUUGACGUAUGCCACUGUUCAGAGUGCCAGAGACAAUCCUCCUCGGCAUUUGGCAUCUCGGCCGUCUUCCCUGUCGAGGGCAUGCUCCCCUUUGCCGAGGAUUUACAGCCUCACGUCGGGAUGUGGACGCGCAAGACUGAUUCGGGGCGCACGCUGGAGUGUUAUUUCUGUAAGACAUGUGGGGUUCGCCUAAUCCAUCGGGGCCUGCUGCCAGACGGGUCAUCCUCGCAGACGUUGACUGUCAAGGGAGGCUGUAUGGAAAAUCUGAGCCUUGAUGGUGCGAGGCACAUUUACACAAGAUCGGCCAGGGUGCCUGUGCCAGAGGGCAGUUGCUCUAGGCCGCCUGAUCAAUACUGA